UGAAAACUGGGCUAAUCAAACAUGUUUUUCCUUGUGCUUGGUCUUACCUGUGUUUUUAAUAGUGUCUAUUCGGUGUCGAUUCAACAGAAAAUAUUUCAAGAUCAAUGGGAUAAUUUCAAACUUAAAUAUGAAAAACUGUAUGAAACUCCUGAAGAAGAAACCUAUAGGAUGGCAGUCUACAUGAAAAAUUGGGAAAGCAUCCUUGAACACAAUAAAUUAUACAGUUUGAACAUUUCCACCUAUUGGAUGGACAUGAACGAGUUUGGAGACUUGACUGAUGAAGAGUUUAGAAGAUAUUACUUAAUGUCUCCAGAACUUUAUGACUCAGAAGAAGCCCCCAGCGACUCUGUUCCUUACUUUGAAAAUCCAGGCCUUUUUCCGUUACCUGAAACCGUCGACUGGCGAGCGUUGGCAGCCAUUUCCGAAGUGAAAAACCAAGGAAAAUGCGGAGCUUGUUAUGCCUUUACUGCUACCGGUGCUCUAGAAGCCCAACACUACUUAGCCAGCAAACGAAUGAUCUCUUUGAGCGAACAAAACAUCCUGGACUGUACCUGCAGAACUAGGGAAUACAAAAACAGAGGUUGUUUAGGAGGAAGAGUCGACAUCACCUUCAACUACAUCAUCCACAAUGCAGGCAUCGACACCGAAGCUUCAUAUCCGUACAAAGCUGCCAAAAAUCGAAAAUGUAACUUCAACACCACAAACAUAGGAGCCAUAAUGGAAAAAUAUGUGAAAAUCAAACGUGGAAAUGAAAAAGAUCUUCAAGCGGCCGUAGCCAGAGUCGGUCCAGUAGCAGUAAUGGUAGAUGCUAACGGAAUGAAGUUUUACUCUGGAGGAUUGUACCAAAACCCUAAGUGUACUGAUAAAGUCUCACAUGGUAUGUUGGUGGUGGGAUAUGGAAAAUGGAGGAACUUGGAUUAUUGGCUGGUGAAAAACUCUUGGGGCAUAGAAUGGGGUGAAAAAGGUUACAUAAUGAUGACUAGAAAUAAGAAGAAUCAAUGCGCAAUUGCCUCGGAAGCUUUGUAUCCCAUUGUUUAAAAAAAAAAAAAAUGUUGUUCCUUAACUAAAAGCCCUUUUACCUUUUUAUUGCAAAUUGUAUUGUAGCUGUUUCCUUUCCUAAUUGUUUUGGGCCCUCAUACUUCGUAAUAAACCCCACGCCGGGCAUUUAUUGUAUUUCAGAAGUGUGCUAGUAAAAAUAAAUUUUCAAGGUAAAGAA